UUAAAUUUGAAGUUCGCGAUGUGCGUCCAGUCAAUUUCAAAAGUUUGCUACUUUUAGUACUACCUUUUCCUUUCACUUUUUACUAUUACACCUUUCGCAUUCAACCUUGUCCAUAUUCGUUCUAUUGCUGUCAUAUCUGUCAAAUAUAAAUUUUGUAAACAAACGUGCUCCAGUCAACUGGAGCUAUUUCUCUAUGAAAACUUUAGUAUAGCGACGGUUAACUAGCAGAAAUACUGCCAUCGUCACUAUGGGUGUUCGAGGCCUGACGUCAUACAUAGCACAGAAUGCGGAAAAAUAUUUAGAACCCUAUGAGCUUCAUGACUGCGAUCUGGUUAUCGACGGCGAUUCCCUGGCAUCAAAUCUGUACAGUUGGCAUUCUCAAUGCAAUUCAGCAUUCGGUGGUGACUAUGACCAGUACUUUCGGUGUGUUGUGAACUUUUUUGCCAUGCUAGAAAAGUGUAACGUAACGCCGUACGUACUUCUUGACGGUGGCUACGAGAGGAAAAAGCUUGAGACUGUUCGACAACGAUUGCGAUCCAAAAUCGGAGCUGUUAAGCACAUCAAUCCAUUUCGGUGUAUUCCAUUGUUUCCGCUUAUGUUGCGCGAAGUAUUCGUUGAAGCGGUUAAGACGACUGGAUGUCGUUUAAUGAGAUGCCUGUUCGAAGGAGAUGACGAAGUGUCGGUGUUGGCCAGAAAGUUGAAGUGCCCGGUGCUGAGCUACGAUUCAGAUUUCUAUAUACACAACGUACUGUACAUCCCGUCCAUUACGGUAUCGUUUCGUGUGCACAAAAGGAAAAUACCGAAAAAGAUUCGCAACAAAAUUUCGCCGGAUGAAGAGAACCCAGCCACCUACAACUUCUUAGACUGUUGCAUUUAUUCUGUCAGCAAUUUGGUACGGAAUCAAUUGCAGGCGAAUAUGUUGCCGCUGUUCGCCACACUGUUGGGGAACGAUUACAUCAAUGGUCGGCUGUUUCGCAAAUUCUAUGCCAACGUUAGCAUGAAGAACAUUGGUAAACGAAGCUCUCCACAACAACGGCGAAUCGUUGGCCUAUUGCGUUGGUUACAGAAGGAAACCGUUGAUUCGGCCAUUGUGAAAGUGUUGAGUCGAUUCGAAAAGGAAAAGCGACCGUGGAUGUUACGACAAAUCGAUGCAGCGAUGGGUGGAUACAAUCGUGAAGAUAGCAAAGCUUUCGAUUUCUUUGCGCUGGAAGGCGUUUCGCCACUGUGUAACUCAAUCGAGAACACCUACCAGAUCUCAUCCGACAUGGACGUGGACGAUGAUGAGGAAGAAAUUGAUGAAUUCAUUGACAGUGAAACAGAUGAUGAUGACGAUGAAAUGGUUGGGGAGGGUGAAGGCGACAAAGAUGAAGACGGAGAUGAUGCCGAAUCAGUUGAAGAAGAACAAGCUAUGACCGACAACAACGAAGAACUUCAAGAAAAUGCAUUACCGAGUGAAACGUCAGCAGAGUUCAAGCCACCCGACUGGAUUUUGCAGAAAGUCUUAGCGGCUGACGUUCCACGCUUCAUCAUCGAUCUACUUCAUUUGAAAUUGUACGUAAAUUCCCCACAAAUCGAAAAUUUCGUGCUGAACGACAGCAACGAAAUUGCACUGCCAAUUUUGGAGCUCAUUUUCACGCUGUUGCAUUAUCCGGAACCCAAUCACUUUCAGUAUCUGACACGAGUUCAUCGAAUCAGCAAUGUAUAUAGCAAGAAAAUCGAGUCGAUUCCACUGCGAACGGCGUUCGAUCCAACACAGUCAGACAAUAUUCAGAUGUUCGGGGAAAUAAUCGAAAAUUUUGAAAGAAAAUUCGAACUCAUCGCAGAUCUGCCAGAGAAUAUGAGACUGUUUGUCUUGGCAAUGGUCUAUAUGUCUGAGAGAAAUUCGAGUGUAGCGCAGCCGUUUUAUCACAGCUUAUUACUCGGAUUGCUACUGAUGUCUAAGGCUGAUGAGGACGUUCAACCGGUUACUAGAGAUCCAAGAGUGUUGCAGAAACGUUAUGGUUCAGUUUUAACGGAGAGUGGCACCCCUAAGAAACCUAUAAAAGAACUGGUAGAUCGUUCUGACGAAAGUAUGGAAACAGUAGCUGACAGUACCGGCCAAACAAUUACUACCGAUGACAGCGUUCAUUUCCUACGAAACGUUCUGCCACUGUUUCAGAUCAGCGACAAGAUACGCGAAAAGCAUACCGAUUUCUCCAGUACGAUCGUUCACACUUUCGCCGAAUUUCAAGCGAUCGUUUUCAAUCUAAAUUGCCUGAACAGUCUACUCGGCAAGCCGUUCCGACCGAUAUUCGUGUCCAAAUCGUUUAAUGGCACAUUUCUCUACAACAUGUACGUAAAUCUGCGAGAUCGUCCCAAUAUCGAUCACUUCAUUCGCCAUCAUGUGUUCACCGACUGUGACCGAUACUAUCAUUUCUACGCGAGCAUACUAACAGUUUGUAAAUCGAUGAUACCGUGCUUAACGGAUACCGUGUGUGAUAAAUCGAAAAAAGGCAAGGCUACCAGAAACUACAGACGCAAUCGUCGGAAACAAAAAUUGAAAACUGUUGCAGGCAAUAGACAGGACGGGAAGAUUGCCGAUGAAGCAUUCGAUGAUGUGGAGACGGAGGAGCUGAAAGAUGGAGAUAUUCAAUUCACGGACUCGAAUAAUAAAUUUGCGACGUUGUUGAACUGCAAUUGAGUCGUUGUUGCUAGAUGGAAAA